CAAUUAGCAAGCUGCGCCUUGAUGACGUCACAUCACGUUUCAUGAAGUCUUCUAAUGUAAAUAUUAUAACUCAUACGCAGCAACGUAAAUGCAUUUUGAAAUAUAUAUCUUCCCAAAUGCCAUUCUUCUGCCGUAGUUCGCAACGGUCCCUCGUCGACGUGCUCGCUGUCCAGUUUACCUCACUUUAGCCUGAUUACAGUGCAUAGCCGGUUAGGGAGCUGCUAGCACAUUAGCAUUAGCGUCCCGUUUUGGUAAGCAGAGGUGACAACGGUGGCGAUCAGGCUUAAUUUGGGAGACCUCGCGCUGAAUUGAAAUAUGGACAUUGUGACGUGACCCGCCACCUUACAACCUCUCAACUAACUCCGAUUGAAAGACUCCAGUUUCUGUGAUGCUGCCCAUGUUGCCUACAAUGCAGUCAUGAGCUCGGCCCUGUGGAGCCAGGAGAAGCCCAGUGGGGGCUUCAGGGAGGACUGGCGCUUCUACAUGGUGGUGAAGGAGUGCACGGUGGAGAAGCCUCCCCAGAAGACCCUUUGGAUCCCACGUGGCAGCCUGGGCCAAGCGUGCCAGGAGCGCAACAGCCUGGGGCGCACGCUUUCUCCAUGCAAGGGCAAGAAGAGCCUCCACAUUCUUGACCAGACUGUGGUGGUGAGCCUGGACGAGCGCAACAUCCUGGAGGUUGACGAGAAGCUAGCCGAGCUCCUCUUUCCCAUCACCAACUGUGAGGAACGUUACACCCUAUUGUGCAACAAGUCCCGGCUAGAGCGCGUGCGCGACAUUGACUGCGGUUCCAAGGUGCGUGUCCAACUGCGCUCUGGGGAUGAGCCUCUGCCUGGCGUAGUGCGCUUCAAGGGCUCACUGAUGCCUGACAGAGGCCUCUCUGGAAUCCUGUUUGGUGUGGAGUUACUGGAGGAGGGCAGAGGCCAGGGGUUCACAGAGGGCUCAUUCCAGGGCCGUCAACUGUUCCGCUGUGAGGACGAAUGCGGUGUGUUUGUGGCCCUGGACAAGCUGGAGCUGUGGGAUGACGAUGAUGACGACGACAUGGGCGAGCUUGAGGUGGACCACAUCAACAUGGUGGAGGAGGACCAGGACUACCCUCCACUGGAGAUCAACUCAAGGGUCCUGGUGCAGACCCGAGAGGGACCUGAGAGAGGCACCAUCAUUUUUUGUGACGUGCUUCCGGGUAACAAGAGCCCGGGCUACUAUGUGGGUGUUGACAUGGACAAUCCAGUUGGCGAGUGGGACGAAAUGAUUGGCGGGAAACUGCUGUGUAACUUUCCCAGUUUGGAGCACGCUCGACUUGUCCCCAUUUGUGACGUGAUGCCAGAAUAUUCCAUGCAGGACCAAAGGCUGCAAAAGCACACGUUUGCUUCCAGGGGCAGCAACAACGACAAGUCGUCCUCUGGCCAAAGCAAACUGAAGACCAAAGGCUUAGCUCAUCAGUGUGGCAGUAGGAGCAAGUCUGACUUUUACUAUACUUUAAAUGGCAGCUCUGUUGACCCCCCAGUGCAGUCCAAAUCCAAAAGCACAUGGUACAUUGACGAAGUUGGGGAGGACCCAGCAAAGUCUCUCACCGAAACGCCGCCUGACUUCAACCGGUCCUCCCCGCCCAGUAGGGCACCGUCGGCCGCUUCAUUGGCUAGUGACAACAAGUUCCACUCGCUGCCCUUCAGCCUGAACCGCAAGAGCGGACCCAUCGACAACAUGAAUCACGGCCCGCUCUCCCUGUCCGUCCAGUCUGUAAUGGGGGAGCAGGCCGAGGCACCAUUGGCCACCGCCCCCUCUUCAUCGCGGCCUGCAACACCUACCAGAGGACAGCCUGGCCUUGAGGUGGGCUCCCUGGUGGAGGUGAAAGAGAACCCCCCUCUGUGUGGCGUCAUCCGUUGGGUGGGUCUUCCUCCAGGCUUGUUGGAGCCUCUGGCUGGGCUGGAGCUGGAAGAGGAGUGCCCAGGUUGCACCGACGGCACCUUCAAAGGGACUCGCUAUUUCAACUGCCCACCGAAGAAGGCCCUUUUCGUGAAGCUGAAGUGUUGUAGACCUGACUCCCGCUUCCCGUCGCUACACCACUCAGCCAAUCCCAUCGAACGCUGCAACUCUAUCGCUUUCGGGGGCUACUUGAGUGAGAUAGUACACGAGAACACCCCACCCCGUAGCGAGACUGAUGGCCUGGACAUCAUGGUGGGCAAGAAGAAAGGCAUCCAGGGUCACUACAACUCCUGCUACUUAGAUUCAACUCUCUUUUGUCUUUUUUCCUUCAGCUCCGUACUGGACACAGUGUUGCUGAGGCCGCGCUCAAAGACUGACGUGGAGUAUUACCGAGAGACCCAAGAACUGUUACGCACUGAGAUAGUCAACCCCUUGCGCAUACAUGGGUAUGUAUGUGCCACCAAAGUGAUGAAACUCAGGAGGAUCCUGGAGAAAGUUGAAGCUGCCUCUGGCUUCACCUCUGAAGAAAAAGAUCCUGAAGAGUUCCUCAAUAUACUGUUCCAUCACAUACUGCGAGUGGAUCCUUUGCUCAAACUACGGUCAGUGGGGCAGAAAGUGCAGGACUGCUACUUUUACCAGAUCUUCAUGGACAAAAAAGACAAGGUUGGUGUUCCCACAAUCCAGCAGCUACUGGAAUGGUCUUUCAUCAACAGUGACCUCAAGUUUGCCGAGGCUCCCUCCUGCCUUAUCAUACAGAUGCCACGCUUUGGCAAGGACUUCAAAAUGUUCAACAAGAUUUUCCCCUCACUGGAGUUGGACAUCACAGAUCUUCUGGAAGACACUCCCAGGGAAUGUCGCAUCUGCGGAGGCCUGGCUCUCUUCGAGUGCAGAGACUGCUACGAUGAUGGUGACAUCACGGCGGGCAAGAUUAAGCAGUUCUGCGAAAAGUGCAAUACGCAGGUUCACCUUCACCCGAAGAGAAAAAUUCAUCGGCACGGGAAGUUGAGCGUCCCCAAAGAACUACAAGAAGGCGGCGGGCGCCAGGGCACGUUCCCACGCCAGACGAUGGAGCUGUUCGCCGUGCUGUGCAUUGAGACCAGUCACUACGUGGCCUUCGUCAAGUAUGGCAGCGCUGCCUCUGCCUGGGUCUUUUUCGACAGCAUGGCUGACCGAGACGGAGGCCAAAAUGGCUUCAACAUUCCGCAGGUGUCACCGUGCCCCGAGGUUGAGGCCUACCUGAAGAUGACGCCCGAGGAGCUGCAUACGCUCGACCCCAAGAGCAUCCAAGGCCAAGCCCGGCGGCUGCUGUGUGAUGCCUACAUGUGCAUGUACCAGAGCCCCACCAUGAGCCUGUACAAGUAGCCCCCACCUCGACACACAAAUACACUCCGUCCCCUUCAUCGUCAUCCUCCUCCUUCUCCAGCCCCGCGGCAAUUACACCGCGCCCCUCCCUCCCCUAGGGCUGUAGACUUCCCAGAAAGACCCACGUUGACAAAAAUAAACUAAGCAGAAGAAAGGCUUGCCGGGCCUUGUUUGGAGUUAACCCAUCUCCACUCCAAUUAAUUGGGGGGUGGAGGGGAAAGAGUCCGUCGGUAGGUUUUAUUUGCACUGUGCUUUCAUUGAAGUGUUGUGUUCUUCGCGUCAUUCUACGUCGCUUCUCCGUAUCUCAGUCAAGCCUUUGAAAAACUCAAGAAAAAGGAAAAGAUCUAGGUGGAGGUGCGGGGGGCAGAGUUGGAGAAUCAAGUGGGAGGACCCUUUAAAAGAAGAGGAAUCCCACCCGUCUUAAUCAUUGGCAAAGACGGUCGGUAGCACUUCAUAACACCUCAUUAGGGAAAGCGACGUGGUACGCACAACACGUCUCGCUCUCUUGUGUUGUCGGUUUUGUAUUGGCCUCGGUCACAGCUUGUGUGUUGCAGAAACCAAUGUAGCCAUUAGAACCGUCUGACUGCACAUUUACACCCCUAACCUUGUCCCACUCCCUCCACCCUGGGAAAAACUGCACUUUGGCUCUUAGUCCUCUUAAGGUGGAAGUUACAGGGAGAGCUAAUUUAUUGGUUGGGAGGUGUGUGUGCGUGUAUUGUGUGUAUGUGUGUUACAGAAUACAAAUCUGUGCUACCGGGGGGACGCUUCUAACGUGUACAGGAUUUGUCCCGAGCAUCUGUUAGUUUUACGAAACCUUUUUGGGAGUCCGCCCGCCUCACUCGCCGCCUUUCUCCAAGAUGUGACACGCUGCAGAUUAACACAACAAAAGAGAUGUGAUCAAGUAUGAUAUUAUUUAUUUUAAUCAAUGUUUGUCCUUUUUUAAGGAAAUAAAACAGGGUUGGUUGUGAUGAUGAUGUCAGGUUUUCAACUACUGACACACAAGGCUGGUAACCUUGAAGCUAUUGAACAGGAAGCGAUGUAUAUAUUAAUUUUAAGUUAAAAAAAAAAACUCAGUUGCUUUUGAAGGAGAUGCAGAUUCAUGUGUAUUCCAGAAUGUUUUCUUGAUGAGGCUCUUUUUUGGUGGUUUGCACUGUUCCAGGGACUCUUACUGCACUGCUGAGUCCUGCCACUGAUGCCCUUCAUGAGACAUCUUGGGAGCCAGAUGUUUGGUUUUUUUUUUUUCCUCUGUCCAGUGUUCACAAAUGUAACAGGUGAAAUUUGAGGUUGCUGUAUAUUUCAUUAAAUAAAUGCCAUUUUGGAAAGCCGCAA